AUGGCGGUCGUGGUCGAGGAGAAAUCAUCAUCGACAUCUGUCUUGUCGUUCCUGACAGACAAUGCCAUCGCCGCAACCAUUGCAGACUCUUACUCCGGUCUUUCGGCUAGGAGGAAGUUGUUAGGCCUUGAGAAUCCCGGAACAGUCGACAAUAUCUCGCGCGAAGUCCAAAAGGAUGUUCUCCUGUCUAACUUCAUGUUCUCCGGCUUGCGCUGUGACUUGCAAAAGGUCUUCAGCAUAAACCCUCUGUUUCGCCUACAACAUGGCUUCGCCAUGGGCUCCCAAGCUCUACCGCCCUGGCAACUAAUGGCGUUGUAUGGCAACUCUGAUGUUUUCAUGCAAGCUGCUUACUCGAGCGACCGGUCUUUGACGGCCUGGGGAAACCUUAGAUGGUCUCCACGAUUCGUCACCAAGACGCAGACUUCCAUUGAUCCGCGACAAUCCCAGACCAUGGUACAAAUCGAGAACGAGUAUACGGGUAGCGACUUUUCGGCGUCAGUCAAGGCCCUCAGUCCAUCAAUCAUGGAAGGCGGUGUCACGGGUAUUUUCAUUGGAAGCUACCUGCAAUCAAUCACACCAAAGCUUGCACUGGGACUUGAGGGUGUAUGGCAACGACCCGCCUUGAACAGCAAGCCUGAGACUGCGUUGUCAUACUGCGCAAGAUACAAGAGCACCGACUGGAUUGCUAGCGCACAAUGGCUGAGCCAAGGCUCGUUGGGAGCUACAUACUGGAGACGGUUGACCGACAAGGUCGAGGCAGGUGUUGAUUGCCAACUACAAUUUGCCCCUGGUUUCGGAGCCGGCAUGUUUGGGGGACCGCGACGAGAAGGAACGACAACCGUGGGCCUCAAAUACAGUUUCACUAACUCGGUCUACCGCGCGCAAGUCGACAGCACUGGCAAGUUUGGUGUGGUACUGGAGAGGCGUGUUGCACCUCCGGUAACAUUGACCUUUGCCGCAGAGAUCGACCAGUGGAAGAACACCCACAAGCUAGGUGUGGCUGUCUCACUGGAAGGUGCUCCAGAAGAACUGCAAGAGGUCAUGGAGCGCCCAGAGAACCAGAACGCAAUCCCACCGCCAAUUUAG